AUGAGCGCGACCCGGCAGGACCCUUCGCUCUCGGGAGCGAGCUUUCUCGCCUCGAUCAACGCCGAGUCGAGCACCUCCUUCGGAACAAACGACGCAGCCAAAUCCGAGGCGGGCUCUGUGCCGUCUCUGCCCAUCUCAGCCAAGGUAUCGCUCAUUGAUGCACAAAUUGAUGCUCUCGAGGCUCGCAUAGAGCAGACUAUCACCGCACACGCACCUCAGCUUCGUCAACGAGCUGCUUUGACUCGUACCGUCGACCGGGACCUCAACCAGCUUUGGCAAUCCAUCAAUCAGACCAGCUCUCGUCUCGUCACCGUUGGCCCGCAAAUAGCACCAAUCGCAUCCGACUACCAUGACGCACUUGCGCAGAGCUCAAAGCAAAGUCUUCUUAUCUCGAUCCUAUCUGAUAUGCUCGCCGCAACACGCCAGCUCGAAGCACUCGAAAAGAUGCAGCAACAGUCCGACUUGCCAAAGCUCCAAACCCGACUGCCAGAAGCUACAAAGGUCAUGCAGCCAUUUUCCUCGUCUCCUGCUCUCCAAAAGCUUCCCGCCGUCGUCGAGCUUCGAGCUCGCUUUGACCGUCUGCAGCAGGCGUGCGCAACUACGAAAUCAGAACCUCUUCCUUCAGGAGCGGAGCGACCCGUCCCGCCAAGUCAAGCCGGUCUUACCUCUAAAGACAGUACUGCAAUUGGCGCCAGCACAGACCAAGCGCUUUCGCCAGCUCUCAAGGUACUGGAAACCGCACGUGCCAUCAUUGUGUCGCGUGGUUCUCAAGAGGGCUGGAAGGAGGUCCGCAUCGAACUGGCCGCCCCUGCUCUUCCCCCUCCUGCCAUCUCAGCACCCGCCCCUCCGACUACUGUAGCAGCAAAGGGAGACUCGCAGAGGUCAUCCAUGGAUACGCGUCCAGAGCACUUGAUCCGCGACGACUUUGCGCCAGGCUCAGCGUCGUUGACAAGAAAUUCCUCGUCGUCUUCUGCGACCAACGCCCGGAACAGACACAAGCCCAAACUCGGAGCGCGUGUCAUUCGUCCUCAGGAUCAAUUAGGCAGCGGGCCUUUCAAUGCCGAGGAUGCUCCUCUUGACGAAGUCGGAUGGGGCUUGGACGAGGAUGAUGGAGAAGGCAAUGUCCCGCCACAGGUAACGGCCAAUAGCCAUGCUGUCCAACCGUCCCAGUCAACAAGCCACGCAGGGUAUCCUAUUCACCAAAGCGUUGCGGCACUGGUGCGCGACGAUCACUUCGGCUCUCCAAGCCGUUCUGUGUCGAUGCAUAGCAGCACGAGCUCCAGCUCAUCGCAGCGCAGCGCAUUUGCCAUUCAAGAGCCUGUCGCGCAGGCAGAAGCCGUAGGGAGCAACGAAGUAGACGCAUGGGGUUUGGGCGAGGAAGAGACCAACAACGAGGUUGAUGCAUGGGACCUGAACGAUGACGACGCUGUUUCCCAGCAGCCCCUUUCACCACCAAAGGCAGCACCGCACGCUCGAGAACCGCUUAGCAGCAUCGACGCACACCCACCAGCAAGUGCUGCAGCUGCACAGGACGCCUGGGGCUUGGAGGAGGACGCAGAAAUCGGCGCUGAAGAUGAUCCAUGGGGCACACAACAGCCGCCCAAGGAAGCUGCAGUCGAGCCAGCCCCGGCGCUUCAAAGCGAUUCAGAGCCUACAGAUGCGCCCCGAAGCAGCUCGGAACCAACUGCGCCUCAUGCUGAAGGUGAUCCGUGGGAGACCGCCGAUAACGGAGAGCAGAGUGCGACGCACCAGCACACACCCGAGGCGCAUCCUGCUGCUCUCGCCUCAGGGACAGAGACACAGCAUGAUCAAGUCGCGGUUCCGCCCGUCCUUGCUCACAACGGGGUAGAUGCCUCUGCACCACUCCCUUCGGCGGUGGAUCCCCGGACACAGGCACAUCCAGAGCCAACACGUGUCGCAUCGCCCGAUGCUGUCCACACUUGGAAAAGGUUGCCGUCACAAGACAUCGAGUCAACACGUCGGGUAUCCGCAGGCAGUGCAGAGGCACGUUCGUCAGCCCGGACCGCGCCUGUUACUGAUCAGCAUGAGCCUGAGCUUGUCGGUCAGCAUGUAAACGCGGAGCAAGAGGCGGAUGCAUGGGAUUUCGAAGAGAGUUCGAGCGCGUCUGAGGCUGACCGCACCGAGUUCGCCCAGAUGACGUCUCUGCCUAAGCCAGAAGCAUCAAAUGCACAAGUCUCAGCUGCGCCAAUCGCGUCAAGGAAACAGGCUCAUCUGGCGACAGCCUGCCCGGUCAAAUCGGGGCCCAUCCACGUUGCGAUCAGGGAAGCCCGCGAGGAUGAACCCGCUUUCAGCCCGCCAUCGUCCUCUGGCUGGCCUGACGACUUUUCCGACCCAGAGUUGACGGAUGUUCCCGCGACACAGUCGUUCAAACAGGGUGCGGUUUCGUCCAGCACGCAUCGCACUGCUUCAUCGACACGGUCCGUCUCUGCACAUGCAAAGGUGCCCCCAAGCACCGGCGCAACACCACCAAAAUACAAUACCGAGCCGACGGCUCCUAUAGCUACAGUGCUCAAGGAAGAAUGUACCAUCAGCAAACGAUCUCAGGACCUCGUCAGUCUAGCCGAGACUACCAUGAGCUCCGUCCUCUCUAGUCUGCAGAGCGGGAAAGCCUCGGGCGCCGAGACGGAUCGCGACAGUUUGGAAGCGCUUGCAGCUACGAUCUUCAAGAUCUUUGAGCUGCACCGCGCACUGAUGCCCGUUGCUCACGGCGAAGCGCUUCGAGAAGUGCCAUCACUGGCGAUGCAGUUUUUCAACGAUUGCGAGUACCUUGCGCGGGAGCUGACGCGGCUCGUCAGCGGUAAGGGCGGAGAUAUUGCGACAGCAUGGAGUGCCCUCGAUGCAGAGGCGGCGAAGCGAUGGAAGACCAAGGAGCUGAUCACACUGGAGCAGGAGGCGACACUGACAAGAGGAUUGGGACAGAGGUGGUUCGAAGCGCAAAUGACGGCGCAGACCAAGAUCCUGCUGGACACGCUGAUGGAAGCCGAUGGAUUCGCACGUACGUUUGACGAUCAGCGAUAUGCGCGGUGCGAGCGAUGCAUCAAGCAGGUGGUGCAGACGCUGCAGCAGCUUUCCAAAGCGUGGCGACCAGUGCUGGUGGCUUCGCGAUUUCAUGCUGCCAUCGGCCGUCUGGUGGACCUAGUGUUUCAAAAGGUGCUGCACGACGUGCUCGAUUUGGAAGACAUUGGCGAGAGCGAAUCCGAGAAAAUCGCCUCGCUGGUCAAGACGCUUGGCAGCUUGGAGGGUUUGUUCGCGGCAGAAGGGUCUGAGCAGCCAAGUGCCGCGCCACUGUGGGUGCCGAGCUGGUUCAAGAUGUCGUACCUCAUCGAGAUUCUGACAGGUUCGCUGGUGGAUAUCGAGUUCCUCGCCUUUGAAGCAGGUGCGUUGGUUGACUACAGCCGCAAGGAGCUGGCGGGUCUGAUCAAGGCACUGUUCGCCGAUACGCCCAACCGGAGCAAGCUGUUGCGAAGGAUCGAGAGUGCGCCUGUCGAGGUGCUGGCUCAUUGA